AUGUUGGGUUCCAUCGAUUGUAUGCAUUGGGUAUGGGAAAAUUGUCCUGUUGCAUGGAAAGGACAAUUUUGUCGAGGUGAUCAUGGUAAGCCCACAAUCAUGCUUGAAGCAGUGACAUCACAAGACUUAUGGAUUUGUCAUGCUUUUUUUGGUAUUGCAGGUUCAAACAAUGACAUUAAUGUGCUAAACCAAUCCAACGUGUUUAACGAUAUUUUGGAAGGACGUGCUCUCAAUGUGCAAUAUACAAUCAAUGGGACACCAUAUAAUAUGAGGUAUUAUUUAGCAGAUGGUAUAUAUCCCGAGUGGGCUACAUUUGUCAAGACUAUUUCAAUGCCACAGGGAGAAAAGAAAAAAUUAUUUGCUCAACAUCAAGAAUCGGCUAGAAAACAUGUGGAGCGAGCAUUUGGAGUGCUUCAAUCUCGAUUUGCAAUUAUACAUGGCCCAACGCGUGCCUGGCACAUGGACACUCUCAAGCAUACCAUAUAUGCCUGCAUCAUAUUGCACAACAUGAUUGUGGAAGACAAACGACAUACAUAUGGAGGUAAUUUUGAUUAUUCUUAUGAUAAUGUGGAUAUCAAUAACUCAACAACUGAAACAUUUAGCGGUCCUCAUCCGAAUCUUGCAACAAGACUACAAAGAAGAGCAAGUAUUCAAGAAAAACAAGUUCAUCGUAAACUUCAAGGAGAUCUAGUCGAAUAUAUUUGGGAACGUUUUGGACAUGAAGAUGAUGAAAUUUAA